UAGCGCAUGCGCAGCGCAAAUAAGCGAAAUAAGUAAAUAAGAAAGAGAAAGAGAAUCCUGGAUUGUUAUUUCAGUUGAAAAUUAUUGUAGUUUAGUUUUUUCUUUUCUAAACUUUUGCCUUUAAUAUGAGCCACCUCUCCCCUCUUCAGGAGAAAAAUAAGAAAAUGAUCCCAGUUCGAGCAUCAACAAUGGAUUGCGAACUGCCUGACAUGGUUAAAGAAUUGGCAGCUAAUGAAGGUUUAAGAGCCUUGCUUAAAAAAAGACUUUUUGAAAGUGGAUGGAAAGAAGAAAUAAAAGCCCAUUGCAGAGAAAUCAUUCGUGACAGAGGUGUAGAAAAUAUCAACAUCGAUGAUUUGGUGAAGGAAGUUACUCCUAAAGCUAGAGAACUUGUUCCAGAGACUGUUAAACGAGAAAUGCUUCAGCGCAUUCGUAACAUACUAGAAGAACGCAAGACAAGAAAUAACAAUAAUAUACCAUAAGAUUUCAAUGUGUGGAAGAAAUUCUGUAAAUAUUUAUCUAUGUUGGUUGCUUUAUCUAAAUUUUGUGACUGUGUAUUCAUGUACUUUGCAUUAAAAAUUGUAAAAAUUGAU